CUUUGAUAAUAAGACAUUAGUUAUAUUUUUAAUGUAUGUUACAAGACACAGCUUCCAUAAAAAUACUCUUUUUAUUAACGAAAACUGAGAUUAUAAACAUGAUAUUAAAUGCCAUCGAUAGUUUUUUCAAUUAUAUUUAUAAUAAAAAUAGCUAUUUCUCCGAGUCUAACAAAGGUAAUGUAUUAUGUGAUGGAACUGCAAAAUAAAGCUUUUAAGUGUCAAAGGUUAGUUGACAAGGGAAAUUCUUAAUGAAAGUGUAUAUCCUUAAGAAGAAAAAACACUUUUCGAACAUUUGUCAAUUCUUCAGAGAUUUUGGAGACUUGUUCACAUGAUAAUUAACCUCAACAUAAGCUAACGAGAAAAUCACGUGAUACUCUCAACUCAUCUAAUCGUGUCCAAGACGUUGGAAUUUUAAUUCACCGGAAGGUAUGCUUAGAAAAGUCAUCGUGAUGGCGCUGCUCUGUAUCCUAUCGCAAAGUCGUUUGCAGAGCGAAACAUGCGAGUUUCAGAUGAGCCGCUUGCGUGACGUUCUCGACCGUUUCGCCGAUUCGACGAGUAUGCACGGCGUUCCGAAAGCUAUAAAAGCCCGAUCGGUCGCCGCCAGAUCUUGUUGGAUCGUCGUCUGCGUUUUGGCCGGUUCUAUGUUUGGUAUGCAGAUGUUUGAGGUGCUUAAACGCUACUAUUCCUACCCAAAAAAAGUUACCAUAGAAGUCGUUGCUACACCAGUCGCCUUUCCCGCUAUAUCAUUGUGUAAUUUUCGGAAUUUGGAUGUUCAUGUGUUAAAUCAAGUUAACAGGAUGUUUAUAAAAGAUCCGGAACCAGCAAAUCACAUCAAUUCCACAAAUCAACGAUUUGUUUCGGACUAUAUGAAGAUUGUUGCCAAAUACGCAAGAUUAUGGUAUACUUAUCAAGACAACUUUCCUGAAGUAUUUCAAGAUAUAUUUUCAAGAACUACUAUGUCUGCUAACAUAGAGGAGUCUGUUAUUGAAGAAGCCGCUGUUCAAUUAGAGGGUUUUAUAGUUAGCUGUCAAUACGCAGGGAGAUCGUGUAAUAUUACGGAUAGAUUCAAACGCUUCUUCGAUUCAUAUUAUUUUAAUUGUUUCACCUAUGAGCCUGCCGUUAAUGAAAGAGAACUGUCUGAAGGAAUUGAAAAUGGAUGGUCCUCCAUACUUUUAUCAGGCUCUGGUAUGCUAGAUAAGAACGAUGAAAUUCGGAUGCUCCCUGGAUUGCACGAAUCUCGUAGUCCCAUGUCAGCUUCAGAAGGUGUUAGAGUUGUUAUUCACAGGCCUGGAACGAGAGCAUAUCCGUUCACUGAAGGAUAUGAUGUUCCAACUGGUUUUAGUGCAUCUUUUGGAGUACAACCAAGACGAAAUAUUCGAAUUGGUCCUCCUCAUGGAAAUUGUUCGAAAGUUAAUCCGUUUGGCGAACACGGAGAAUAUAGAUUAAUGUCGUGUCAGAAGAUGUGCAUUCAAAAAUUUGUUGAAGAAGAAUGCAACUGUUCGGAUAAUGCAUUGCCUCUCAGACAUAACUCAGAUAAGCCUCUGUGUAGAAAUGAUGAUUUAUUCCCCAAGAAGUGUAUUUCAGAACCAAGUGAAGAAUGCUUGCAGGCAUUAUUAGAUCUACACAGUAAGAUCGAAUGUGCUAGAAAAAUGAAGGGCAGAUUGUCAAGAAACUCUACUGCUCUUGAAUCGUGCAUGUGUUUUCCUGCAUGCGAUGAAGUGACUUACGAUGUUUCUUAUUCCCUAUCCAAAUGGCCAGCUGCUGGUUAUGAAGGUGAUGCCACCUACUGGGAUGUUUUCGGUAUAGGAAAGUUUGUUGAGAGAUUUAAUCGAACUACUACUAUAGUAUUUAUCCGUUUUCAAGGACAAUUGAUAUGCAUAAAGAACAUGGCUAUAUUAAUUAAUUGCCCAUUUGUAUCAUUUGAUUUAAAGUUAUACCAGAAUUCGUAUCCUAAGUGUAGUUAUAUUUCUAGACUAAUAUUUAUUUCUUUAGGUACAACUAUUCUUUUGAGAUAUGUCGAAAACGGGUAAAUCUAUUUUUACAGGGCAAAUACACGUCUCUCAAGAGCCAUUUUAAUGUCACACGAAGGGAAGAAGCGAUGAAAGAUUUUGCAAGAUUAAACGUUUACAUAGCAGACAGUAAUGUGGUAAAGACAGAAGAAAGUGAGGAUUAUAGCAGAAAUCAGUUGGUGUCAGAUAUAGGAGGACAAUUAGGGUUAUGGGUAGGAAUUUCCAUAAUCACAUUAGCGGAAGUAUUCGAACUUCUAUUCGACUUGCUCCACUUUUUUUCAUCUACAUCCUACAGAGAAGUUCGACAAAACGAAGCGAAUUUACACGAAUCCUACUUGUCUAGACUCAAUUCGAAAUUGUGAUUGCGAAAAAUUGUUACUUUUCACCCAGCGGUUUCAUCUAAAUUUUAUGCAAAUCGAAUGCAUAAGAUAAAAACCCAUGAUACUGGCGUUGUAAUGUGUAGCUUGGAUAGUUGUGUCUAAAUCGGUUGACCAUUCUAUUGGCUGUGUGGAUGGAUGAGUUUAUGUUUAAUGAUAAAAGGAAACACGCAGAAAAGCCUAAUUUUAUCUUUCAAUUUUAAAGAAAAAGAAGUACUACAAUUGAUUUUCGGUUUUUGUUUAGGAAAGGAAGAUAUAAUUUAUUCUAUCAAACAGAAAGAAGAGGAUAAUAAGCUCUAAUUUGAUUUAUAUCCUUAUCAAUAAAAUCAUGUAUUCCUUAAACACAAAACAAUGAGAUUUAUAUAUAAAUUAUCCAUAUAAUAAUGUAUCACUUUUUAUGUAUUAACUUCCUAUCGGAAUUUUUUAAUCACGUGAUGUCUUUUCCUUAUUUGUGAUAAAUUAAGGGAGAGUGAAAUGACACUAACAGUAAUUCUGGAAAUUUUCAGUCAUAUUUUAAUAAUAAAUAUAAUCUAACAAACUUUGCGAGACUUUUGCAUAAAGUCAAAUAUAUGGAAAGUAUUAGGAUUUACACUAACUCAGCUUAUAAAAUCUGGAAAAGCUGAAAUAAUAAAGUUUCAACUAUUUUUGACAACUGGUUUUAAACUAUCGGCAUGUAAUACUUAAAUGAAAUCCUUAAGAUUUAACUUUGAUUACUGUGUACAGUACAUUUCAUGUUGGAAGGGUUAAAUUGGCAUUAGAUGCUUACUAAAUUAUCUUAAUAUUUUACGGAAUUAACCCGGCUCUCUCUGGAGAUUAAUUUUCCAAUUCUACCAGAUGCAAUCGUCUCCCAAAACAUCGUACAAAAAUUACUUUUAGCCCUACAGCUUAUAAAUUUAUCCAUUGGCGAAAAAAAUGUUUUAUAAGAUAUUUGAUGAGAAUGAUUAUGAUGUAGUAGAGGCAAAAAUUUUUACAUAUUUCAACAUCCUAUGCUCUAUCCAGUUGAUUUAUUUAAAUUAACAAUAAAAAUAAUACAUGUAUAUA